AAAACAUUGUAAGAGUUGUCUUCCUUGAUUCAGUUGUGUAUACUUCCGCUUUGUACAAAAAUGACAUGUUUAUUAAGAAGAUCAAUCGGUUUAAUACAAAGACCAUUCCGUUUGUCAGCUGUGACCUGGCAGCAUGUACAAAGAUGUCAGAGUAAGGCGGAUCCCAAGACCGAUCCAAGCAAUGAGACCGAGCCACUGCGGCUUAGUGACAGCUGUGUUAAGCAACUGAAAAAGCUUGGAAUGGAUAAAAACUUGCGGGUGUUUGUGGAGGGUGGAGGUUGUUCGGGAUUUCAGUACAAAUUUGACCUUGACCCAUCGUUUAAUCCUGAAGACAGAGUGAUAGAGAAAGAUGGUGUAAAAAUUGUGGUGGACAAAGAAUCUCUGGAGUAUCUGAAGGGCUCCACAAUAGACUAUAGCGAGGAACUCAUCCGGUCGGCGUUUCGGGUUGUCAAUAACCCUGUGGCCGAGCAGGGCUGUUCGUGUGGCUCGUCUUUCAAUGUUAAACUGUGAUCACGAUUUCUCUCGUAUUUUUUAACCUAUGAUAGAUAUUUGAAUUCAUGUUUGUAUUGUCUGCAAUUAGGAUUGCUUACUGUGUUUUUAAACUCCUGCCAAAAAAAUAAUGCGACAGACAUAGAUUUUAAAAAUGAAAGAAAGAAAAAGUAUUAAUUACAUUCAUCCUGUCAGUACAUGUUUUGUGUGAACUUUGUGUUGCACAAUUUUCAAAGCGUAUAGAAUGAUUCUUAUGGAAUCUUUGUGUGUGCCAGUUGUAUAUGAUUCACUGUGUUCCUAACAUGCAUAUACUGAAAAUUCUUGAAGGGGAGUGGAAGAAGGUAGUAUGAGGCCAUCGUUAUAUACCGAGAGAAAAAAAAAGGGAAACACUUGGUAUUGUAGACCACAUUUCAGUCACUAUUAAUAUCAUAAUAUAUGUAUAAACUAUAGAGACUACAAAACUAUGUGGGAUUGAAUGUUAGUAAUGUGAUAUUGAUUGUCAUUAACAUGCUUAACUUGCCAUCACUAUAGAUGAGGGGGUUUAGUUGCCGUCACUGUGGAUGAGGGGUUUGGUUACAGUCACUCGUCCCUGUUUCGUUGUUGUAAUCCCUUAUUUCUUUCCAUCAGCAUAAAAUAAAAAACAAACCAAAACGUGUAUAAGAGCAUCUGGUCUGUCGAGUUAUAAGAAAUCGGUCUAAUGCUGGCCGUGAUGCAUUCUAGUCAAAUAGUGUUAGGGUAGGCAGUGACAGGCCAUUGCCCAGUCAAGUAACAUGCCAGAAAACCUGAAAACCAAAUUCCCUCUUCUCCCUACAAAUUGUAAUCAUAUAGUCUGAUGUCCAUUAUUUUUCUUUCCAAAUCAUACCUAAUUUUUUUUUUUCGGUUGAAGGUGUUAAUCUCAUUAGAAGGAUAUUUAACCAUUAAUAACAAUUUAUUAUUUUGUUUUUAAAUUACAUUUACGAAAACAUGUGUUUGGAUCCCUGUGCUAUCAGUAUUUGUAAUAAAAUUAGCAGCAUUUAUGGUCUUUCAUAACAAGUAUUUUUUAUUGCAACUAUCCCUUUAACCCCCCCCCCCCCCCAAAAAAAAACACACAAAAAAAAAACUCUUGAACAGCAGAGGAAAGGAUAUUAAUAUAUUUAAUCAAAUGGCAAAAGGCAACACUAAAUAUGAAAGGGUAAUAUUUUUCUAUUUCAAUAUGCAGAUUAGAAAUGUUAGAUGCCAUUGUGAAGUUGAAUCACAAAUUAAAAAAUAUAAUUCUCUUUACAGGGGUUAUAUUUUAAAAGAUUACUUAUGAAUCUAUUGAUACCUAAUUAGGAGUGAUCAUGUGUUUUUAUGUAGGAUAUCUUCAUUCGUGUGUGCUGUGAUGUGUGUAAAUGGCUUGAAAAUCCAUGGAUGCAUGUUUGAAUGAAUGUACGUACAGGUAUACAUUUGUUAGUUUUUACAAGCAUAUGGAGUUCUUUUUAUGCCCAUAUUUUAUAAUGGAUAUUUACCUGUUGUCUGGCAAAUAUGGUCAAUGCAGGAUCAUCAAACUCAGUGUGAUAAUAAUAUAUAUAUAUAUAUAUAUAUAUAUAUAUAUGGAAGAUGUCUGCCAUUAUUAGUUCACAAUGGCCUAAUAUUAGCAAAACAAACCAUACAUGUAAAAUGAAGUUCAUUGAAUCUUUUCCAUACUUUUAAAUGUAGGUACAUGGUUACUUUGUAUUUAAAUGUUAUACACAAGUACCGUACUCCACAACUGUUGUAUCAAAAGUUAUGGAAGGUGCUUUCCUGUUUGUGGAAAAGUACAUGUUGCAGACAACAGAGCAGGGAGGUUGGGUGGGUGGGAUUAGCUAGAGACCAAUAAUCCUGAAUAAAAAAUAUUGGUAGUAAAUCUUACAGCAAAGAUGAAUUUUACUUGUAGAAUGCAAGAAAUUACAUUUCAAGUUUUCAAAAUUUUACAGAGGAGCAUACCCCUGAACCCCCUUGAAACUGCUUUGUGCCCUCGAUCUGUCAAUGUCUACCCCCGCCCCCCAAUAUCUACUUACUUCUGCCAUGCCUGUGUUGUAUAUGAAAGAUGUCUUGCUGUUAACGAAAGAAUUAACAUAGGAGUAGAAUGGUAAAGUAUCUUAAUUGCAUUUGAUGCCAGAGUGGACAAUGAAAAAUUAAGAUGUCGUAAUAAGUAAAUGCUCACCUAUACUUUUAAAAGGUUUUUGACAGUUGGUAGUCACUCAAGAUCUUAUCUGAUAGUGUUCGAGGCAUGUGCCAGAUGGAGUAUUUGAGAAUUUGAUGUAAUUUUUAAUUAUAUUAUUUUGUUUGUUGUUCAGUGUUGCCACCAUGUGAAAAUUUGACACGUUUUGUUAUUCACAUUCAGAAAAUGUAUAUGCAUUAAAAUGUAAUAAAUUAUUAUAUAAA